AUGAGGCUCUGGAGGACUUUGACAAUCCUGAUCUGGGGGCUGCUUCCAGGUAAGGAACAGAGAAAGGUGGUCAUUGUGAAGCAAGACUCCAUAAAGGGACAUGAGCUGUGUAUGGCAAUAAAAGGUGGGAUCAGAGGCAGGGGAAGGCAUGGAUUCCCUGCAGCUCCAGUCUAUGGCACGCUGCCAUAGUUGAAGGACGCUAUUGCCAGAUUCCUUAGGAAGAGAGUUUGUGGAAGUACAGUGGUACCUCGGGUUACAGACGCUUCAGGUUACAGACGCUUCAGGCUACAGACUCCGCUAACCCAGAAAUAGUACCUCGGGUUAAGAACUUUGCUUCAGAAUGAGAACAGAAAUUGUGUGGCAGUGGUGUAUCAGUAGCGGGAGGCCCCAUUAGCUAAAGUGGUACCUCAGGUUAAGAACAGUUUCAGGUUAAGGACGGACUUCCGGAACGAAUUAAGUACUUAACCCGAGGUACCACUGUAAUGUGUAAUGUGCCUGAAGAUUUGCCCCACUACUUACUGGUUUGCCCAAUCUAUGAGGACUUAAGAGCAAAUAUUCAAAUAUUUAAAUAUUUAAACUUCUCAGUUGAGAGAUGGAUUAGGUACCUUGUUGACUUUUAACUUAUUCCCUUACAGUGGUGUCUCGGGUUACAUACGCUUCAGGUUAUAGACGCUUCAGGUUAUAGACUCCGCUAACCCAGAAAUAAUGCUUCAGGUUAAGAACUUUGCUUCAGGAUGAGAACAGAAAUCGGGCUCUGGCGGUGCGGCAGCAGCAGGAGGCCCCAUUAGCUAAAGUGGUGCUUCAGGUUAAGAACAGUUUCAGGUUAAGUACGGACCUCCGGAACGAAUUAAGUACUUAACCCGAGGUACCACUGUAUUCACUUUUAUUAGGGUCCAUGCUUCCACAGAUGUGACCAGCUUUCACCUCUCCUAUGGGCACCCCCCCACACACACACACACCCUAAAGUGUGCGACAGUGUUGGUGCUUUGUUUCCCACCCCCAGAUUGUUGCUGUUUGUGUCCCUGGGUGUUCAGCGGCCAUUUCAUACGGAUGUGCUUUGCCACCUUUUCUCACUUUGGAGAGUCACCCCCCCCCGCCCACAUCCCUGCCAGAGCUGUCAGUCCUGCAGCAGGAGGUCCAGAGUGCCUUUCCCCAGAGUGCUGUGCGCAAACUCACCUUCCAUGCCCAUCUUUCAGGGCUCUCGCUCCAACUUUAAGUGCACCUGGCUUGGCUUGGCCAGGUGCAGGGGGCAGCUGGUGACUGUGCCAGGACUGGAUUCCAUUGAAUCCUACACUGCACAUCCUAGCAGAUCUAGCCAUAGGAUUUCCCCCAAAGUGAUUAAGCUGUAUCAGCAGCAUCUCUGUAUCUGCCUACUAUGCCUUAGCUGUCACCUCCACGUUAUGCUUUCUGAAAUAUACUUAGAGUCGAGAGUGGAUUUCAUGCUCUUUAUUCAGCUCAUAGUGGUAAGGAGGAAUGGAAGUUCCCCCAGAAUGUCUGAUUUAUAUACAUUAUUUACAUAAUGGGCCCCACGUGAUUGGCUAAUUCCGGGAUUCUCCUUUAGGCCAGUAAGGUUGUGGAUUCACUUCCAACUGGUGCUGGAUUGGGUGGCUCCUGUGGACCAAUCAGACUGCUGCAUUCUGAAUCCUAUUAUUCUAGGACCAAUCAGACUGAUGCAUUCUGAAUCCUAUUGUUCUAGGACCAAUCAGACUGCUGCCUUUUGGAUCCUAUUCAACUCAGUACAUAACACUUUAUAAUUUUCUUUAUGGCUGUAUGGUAUACAGGCAAUAAGCAAUUUAUGCGCAACAAUUGCGCCCAAUUUGGACCCAAAUCGCAGCUACACAGAAGUGGCUGGAAAUGGGGUGGUAUGGAUGGUGGAGCAGGAUGGAGCAAGCUGAUGAAUGCCCUACCAUCGUGCAUGAUUACCUGGAACGCAAAAAUCGGUGGUUGCCUGUACUUUAAUAAUAAUUAAAAAGCUUUUUCAAUGAACGUCCUGGGUGCCUGCUGAUGGCAGUCCUGGCUUCCAGUGACAGGAAUGGAUUCAAGGGAAUACUCCCAAAAUUAUCCUUCAGAGGGUGUGCAACCCCAUGGAGAACUGGUUGAACACAACCUGUUCCAUCUGAGCAACAACAUUAUUAACACUGUCUCUUUUCUUCCAUGCAUCCUCAAUGCCAAGGCCACAGUUCUCAUCCGGACACAGGGAUGUGUAAUUUUAUAUUUUUCUGCUAUACGAGAGGGAUACUAGUUGGAGAGGUGGUGCCUCAUUCCAGGUUCAUUCUGUUUUCCAGGUUGCAUGUCUGUUCUGAUUGGUCCUGAAGUACUGGGUGGAUUUCUAGGCAAGUCGCUUUCUGUGAUGUGCAGAUAUGAAUAUUGGUAUCAGACAUAUAAAAAAUAUUGGUGCAAAGGAAGCUCAUGGAACAGGUGUAGUGUCGUUGUUCAGACUACAGGAUCUGAGGAAGAAGUGAAAGCUGGCAGAAUGUCUAUCAAGGACAAUCAUACUGAUUUGGAAUUCACAGUCAGAAUGGAGAGCCUCACACAACAAGAUGCUGGGAUUUACUGGUGUGGCAUAAAGAAAAGAGGCUAUGAUCCUGGAUUCCGUAUACAUAUUACUGUUCUCCCAGGUGAGUCCUGUUUCCAAGCUCUACAGGGAAAUCGAAAGCCAAAUACAGCUAAAAAGGGAAGAAAACAUCAGAGAGGGAAUAAGCGUGACUGGGUGAUGCUGUGGGUUAAACCACAGAGCCUAGGACUUGCCGAUCAGAAGGUCGGCGGUUCGAAUCCCUGUGAUGGGGUGAGCUCCCAUUGCUCGGUCCCUGCUCCUGCCAACCUAGCAGUUCGAAAGCACGUCAAAGUGCAAGUAGAUCAAUAGGUACCGCUCUGGCGGGAAGGUAAACGGUGUUUCUGUGCGCUGCUCUGGUUCGCCAGAAGCGGCUUAGUCAUGCUCGCCACAUGACCCGGAAGCUGUACGCCGGCUCCCUUGGCCAAUAAAGCGAGAUGAGCGCCGCAACCCCAGAGUCGGCCACGACUGGACCUAAUGGUCAGGGGUCCCUUUACCUUUACCUUAUACACAUUAACCCAAACGGGGCUUACUCCCAGGUAAGUAUACAAAGACUUGCAAAGAUAAGGAGAGGUGCUACUUCUAUACUUUAAAAAAGUAUACUUCUAUACUUUAAAAAAAUAGAUAGGAAGUGAAUAUUUUGAUAUUUUUUCUCUUUCCAAAAGGAAAUAUUGCCCGUUAAGCAGGUAAAUAAUAGUCAAUGAAACAAGGCUUGCUUUUUGUGGCUUCAUGAUGCAGAUGUAAAAUUGACAUUAGGGAAACCUAUGUUUGCAGAGUUGUCUCCUGCUACAGAUUCCCCUGCCAGCACGGUUGCCUGAAUGGACUGGGAUAGAGUUCAAAAUCCCAAAGGACAUACCUGCAAUGCAGCAGACCCUCAGGUUGACUUUGCAGUAGCCCCAUAUUAGCACAUGAGGAAACCCAUGACAGGUUUUGGAUUUCUCCCAUCCCAAGUAAAAGUGUCGACUUGGGAGGAGGUGCUUGGAGGUAGGGAAACAGAUCUCCCACUUGAAUUACCUGCCCAAGAAGUUGUUUCAUGUCACUGGUUUGUUCUAAGGGUGCCUCUGAACCCAACUAUGGGGUUUCGUACAGGGCCAGCCUGAGGUGAGGCCAUCACCUCAGGCGCCAGAUCCAGGCCUGAGGAACUCACUGCCUCCACUACUAUUGCACCCUCCCUGCCCAUGCUAUGCUCGCAUUGCUGCCACAGCAUCCUCACCACACCCGGGAUAGGGGUGCAGCUGAGGCAUCAUGGCAGGGGCCCGGAUCUGGAAAGAGUGGUGGUUGGAGGGGGGGAGGCAAUGAGGCUUUUUGUCUCAAGUGGCAAGACACCCUGGACUGGCCCUGCUUGCCAUGGAUUGAGGCAACUGGAAAGUCCAAACCAAAUAUAUUUAAAAGACAAAACUGAACUAAACUGUGUGAUCCCAACAAACCUCAUAAAAUCUCUGUCGCACUGCAGCAGACAUUUUGUUUCUCCUGAGGUGUGCUUCAUCACUAGCCUCUCACACAUAUGUUCUCACCUUCUUGUUUUUGUUCAACAACAUUGGUUCAGCUGUGUACUUUCUUUACAACAAGUGUGGGUUGAACAUACCCAGAACACCCCGUGCCUUGCAGCACACCCGCAUUGCACACCCCACAAGCACCCCAAAUUCUUCUUCUUUGGCGAUCACUUGUAGCUGAGUAAGAUUGUCUUCCAAAAACAUGGUUUUAACAGUGAGUCCGUAAGUGACUGUGGAGGCCAAUUCUAGAUCCACAUGUCCUUCCACAGUGGGGACAAAGGUUUCUGGGCAGGAGUUGAUCACGGUGAGGGUUUCCUCUUAGCACAUUUCUCCCUUUUGUCCUGAGUUUGAGCAUCUUCAAAGCCUAUGACACCUUUGGUAAAGGCUGUUCUCCAACUGGAGCGCUCGCAGGCCAGUGUUUCCCAGUUGUCGGUGUUUAUACAGUGGUGCCUCGCAAGACGAAAUUAAUCCGUUCCGCGAGUCUCUUCGUCUUGCGGUUUUUUUGUCUUGCGAAGCACGGCUAUUAGCGGCUUAGCGGCUUAGCGGCUAUUAGCGGCUUAGCGGCUAUUAACGGCUUAGCGGCUAUUAACGGCUUAGCGGCUUUAAGAAAAAGGAAACAAACUCGCAAGAACUCGCAAGACGUUUCGUCUUGCGAAGCAAGCCCAUAGGGAAAUUCGUCUUGCGGAACGACUCAAAAAACGGAAAACUCUUUCGUCUAGCGAGUUUUUCAUCUUGCGAGGCAUUCGUCUUGCGGGGCACCACUGUACUACAUUUUUUAAGAUUUGCCUUGAGAGAGUCUUUAAACCUCUUUUGUUGACCACCAGCAUUAAGUUUUCUAUUUUUAAGUUCAGAAUAGAGAAGUUGCUUUGGAAGAUGAUCAUCAGGCAUCCACACAACAUGACCAGUGCAACAAAGCUGAUGUUGAAGAAUCAUUGCUUUGACACUGGUGAUCUUUGCUUCUUCCAGUACAAGAUACAUAUCACCAGAAGCAGAGCUGAGGCCAUGAGCAGCCAAAAAACACAAACAUACCGUUCCAAACACCACAGAACAAGCCCACAGGGAUGCUGGUCGCAGGAAUGACUCCAGAGACAGACAUCAGAUACUGCUUCCACCACCUCUCCCAUGUUCCUAGGUGUUGUGGGGCUGUUUGGGGGGCUGCAGGAGAGCUGAGUGUGCUCAGGACCAUCAGGUCUAGGUGGAUCCAGAUGGGCCUGGCCAAUGCCCUGCCGUGGGCUGCAUAAACUUCUGUGGCAAAUUUCUUAAAAACAGAUCACAGCUUGUUUACUGAAGCUGCCCUCGUGCAUUUGGGAGCAUGAACUUAUUUGCCAGUUCUCUCUUCACAUUUUCUGUAGUUCUCAGUCUCUUCAGUGUCUCUUCCACAACUGCUGCUGAUACUGUCCAUUUCUCACCCUCUCUACUAACCUCCUCAGAUCCAGAAGAAACAACAGCAAUUAGCAGCCAGACAGACCUUGAUCCCUCCCUAAACACUACUGACAACGCGUAAGUCUUGAGAUUCCCUCUGUGUAAACACGUGAGAUCAUUGAUCUGUGGGCUCAGCAACCUCUAAAAGCUUUUAAGGUCUCUCUUUCUCCCCUUUGCCCUGCAAGUACAACCCACCUCCGGGCGAGCGAUAUCUCUGAAACUAACCUCCCGUGGUUGAGAUGUCAAAUGCAAUGGGAACAAGGGUUUAAUCUACAUACAUAUUAAAAAACGCUGUGAAAAUGCUUUUUAAAAACAACAACAACAUUUUGAAAAAUAAAUUGAAUUUUGCAUAGCUUACUCUCGCCAUCUAGUGUCACAUUUGUAUAUGGCAAAUUACAACACAUUAAAACGUUUUAUUUGCAGCUGUAUAGCUGAGUCCAGGAUCUCUUUAAAAAUUCAUUGCCAAAUGGAAAAAUGAGCUGUGAGAUGGAGUGCUAAGUGCAUUGGCUGGCAGACUCUGUAUGGUGCCAUUACCAAAGGUAAGGCCAGCAAGGCCUGCUGUCUGCUAUUGGCAUGCUGUGUCUGCCAGCAGUAACACCUGGCAACCCAUCUCAUUGGCUGGCACAGGCAUCAUGGCUCGGACAUUCAAGUGAUGAGUACCAGAACUUUCCCCAUCAGAUGGACAGGGAAUAAUAAUAAUAAUAAUAAUAAUAAUAAUAAUUCUGUUUCUUUGAUGCAGGCACCUGAUUUAUGUGCUUUUCACCUUGAAAACCCUUAUCCUCCUGGGUCUGGGCAUUGCAAUUAUCUGGAUGCAUAGAAGACAAUCAGAAGAGAUCUUCAGCUGCCAUGUGGCAAGAAAAUGCUGGACAGCAAUCCCAUAG